CGGACAGCAGCGGCGGAUAGCGGACAGUGAGAGGAGGGUGCUUCUUCAGGUUUUUGGCACCUCCUGGCCUCGGGGGAGGGGCUCCCCGUGGCCUUGGCUGGACGCAGCCCGGAGAGCUGGGACCGCACGGCGUCCAGGAGAACCUCCUGCCCUGAGACCCGACGUCGCGAAGAGACAGCAGCAUCGUCAAGAAUCACGACCAGAGCCCCAGACCCUAUCCUUCUGCGGCAUUUCUCAAGCCGGAUCGAUGUGUGAGGACCCCAGGGCCCGAAACUGGGCGAAAAGGCCUUGCGUGAAAAGUUGCAAAGCCCCGGUCUCAGGGUGGGAUUGGUUUGGGAGCGAGAGUUGGGCGGGAUUUGCCGAGACCUCCAGGCGCCUCGCCACGACGGCAGGUGGGGCCAGAAGUGGCUGCGAGACACGCUGACCUGCACGCUCCGUGCGGUCGCUCCGUGGGCUCUCGGGCUGCUGGCCACGCUGGCGCUGGCGGGGCUGGUGCUCCCGCUGGUCCGGUCCUGCCUGGAGCUCUGGGCCGGCGCAGGCCGGGGGGAGGAGUCGCCCGUGGCAGACUGGGUCGUCGCGAUGGCCAUUGCCUUGGGCACGAACGCCUCCGCGCUCGCGCUCGCCGCGGGCAUGGCGGAGAUGUCGUUCCUGCCGACAAAGGCCAUAUUGCAGCUCGAGAGGAAGGACGAGACGGAGCAGGUGCGGGAGCAGCUGCAACUGCUCAUGAACUGCGGCGACAGUCUACGCAACCUCGACGUCUGCAAUUUCCUUAACUUUGGCAUGGCGACGUACCACAACUCUUCGGAGACGCAGAAGGAGGGCAGCUGUUUCUGCCGCCGGCACGAGUCUGCGGAGGCGUAUUUCAGGGGGUCGCAUUACCAGCGCCUGUCGCUCUUCUGCUGCACCAUGGACUGCCGCUGCAGGCGCAGGCGUGGCUGCGGCAACAGCGGCCGCCGGGCCGGGCUCCAGGAGCGUUGGCUGGUGCUCCGCAAGGACGGGCUGGCGCUGUUCUCCUCCGUGAUGGACAAGGACCCUACGGACAUGCUCUUCUUCGACACCAGCUUCUCGCUGUUCCGGGACGACGAGGACCGCGUGCUGGUCUGUGGGGCCUCGUGGGUGCUGGAGCUCGAGUUCGGCGGGCGCCAGGCGGCGCGCCGGCGGAGCUGCCAGAGCUGGUGCAGCGCCGUGACCCUCGCCGCCCAGCUGUCGCCCCGCACGAAGGAGCAGCGGUUCGGCUCUUUUGCUCCAGUGAGGCAGCCCGCGGAGUCCAAGAAGGGCGACCGACACACGCUGCGGCUGAGCAAGGCGAGGUACUUGGUGGGGGGCUCCGCGUCCUUCCGCAAGAUCGCGGAGGCCAUCCUUCUCGCCGAGCACGAGAUCUUCGUGUUGGGUUGGUUCGUCACGCCGCACUUGCCGCUGGUUCGGGAGGGUGAGCCGCUGCCUGGCGGGGCCGACCCUCGACUCUCCAGGCUGCUGCGCGGCGCGGCCAACCGCGGCGUCAGGGUAUUCGUGCUCCUCUAUCACGAGACAGGCGGAAUCGUCCCGAACGACUCGGAGUGGGCGGAGGCAGAGCUGCUGCACCGCAACGUCUCCGUCGUGCGCCACAGGAGCCGCUUCGACAUCAAUCGGCUUUGGUCGCACCACGAGAAAGUGGUAGUGGUGGACCAGCAGUUAGCCUUCCUUGGAGGCAUCGAUCUGUGCCUAGGACGCUACGACGACGCGCGGUACCGGCUUCGGGACGUUGGUAAUCAGAUUUGGGACGGCCAAGACUAUUCGAACCCACGCAUCAAGGAUUUCGUCAACGUCCGCAGCGCCGGCGCCAGGGACACCUUGGACCGCUGCCACCAGCCCCGCAUGCCCUGGCAAGACGUGCAGUGUGCCCUGCUGGGACGGCCCGCCCGGGACGUGGCCCGUCACUGCAUCGAGCGGUGGAACCACGCCAAGUCCAUGAGCCCACAGUACGCAGGCUUGCCGACAGCACUGCUCCACCGCAAGGUCGCGGUGUGCAACGACAAGCUGGUGGAUCUCGUGUCGGAAGCGGGCGACACUUGCUGGCCAGAAGCGUGUGGGCAGUGGCACGAGUGCACCGCCCAGGUGGUGCGCUCCGUGGGGCGCUGGAGCGCCGGCACGCGGGCUGAGUCCUCCGCGCACGCCGCGUACUGCGACUUGAUCCAGGGCGCCGAGCGCUUCGUGUACAUCGAGAACCAGUUCUUCUGCUCGGGCCUGGACGGCGACGAUAUGAUCGGCAACCGCGUGGCGGAGGCCAUCUACCGCCGCAUCGUGAAGGCCCACGAGAAGAACGACAGAUUCCACGUCAUGAUCGUGUUGCCGCUCCUGCCCGCGCUGGAAGGCCCCAUCUCCGCCAGCACCCCGUCGCACUGCCAGAACGUCAUGCACUGGCAGUACCGAACUUUCCGGGUCCUGCGGCAGAGCCUGCGUGACGCUGGCGUGGACGUCCCGUCCGUCCUCGCCGUGUACGGCCUCAGGACGCACGAGAAGUUGGUGGACAACGAGCCCCCAGUCACGGAGGAGGUCUACGUGCACUCCAAGGUGAUGGUCGUCGACGACAGGGUCGCGGUCGUGGGUAGCGCGAACGUGAACGACAGGUCGUUGCUCGGGACCAGGGACUCGGAGGUUUGCGUGGUGCUCCGUGACGCCGGCCAUUCCGCGCAGAGACCGGCCGGCCUGGCAGCGGGCCUGCGGAAGGCCUUGUUCGCCCGCCAUUUAGGCUGGAGCGCGGAGGAGCUGGACUGCAAGUUCUCGGACCCAGCCAGCGAGGAGUCCCUCGGCGAAAUACGGCGCGUUGCCAAGCAGAACACCGAGAUAUACGAGGAGCUGUUCGAGGCGCUGCCCUCGGACCGCGUCCGCUCCUGGUCCGAGCUGUCCGCGCGCCGCUCGAAGGGCUAUCAGGAGGAGACCGGCCAUGCGCUGCCCGCCUCGCCGCGCCCGCCGAUGCGCGACUACACGCGGAUACCCAGCUUGUUGGAGGCCGAGAGGCUUUCAGAAGUGCAGGGGCACAUUGUGGAGUACCCGAUCGAUUUUCUCGUAGAGGAGGACUUGUCCCCAGGCACGCUGUCGGUGGGCGGACUGGCGCCCGAUUGCUUCACGUGAGCCUCCCCAGAGCCUGACAACCAACCGCAGAAGGAAUGGUAGGCCAUGGGGCGCGGGGCGUGCUUAUUCAAAGCGCCAGCGCUACAGCUUGGAGCACACGUUUUAGCUGCCGGCCCUUCUUUAUUGAGCGGCAUUUCCCAUCUCCAUAUUUCUUCCUUGCGCUACAGCACGUCAGUUCUACAGCCACUGUGCUCCGUGCGCUACAGCACGACAGUACGACAGCUACUAUGCUACAGUGCACGCGCAUAUCGCUGGGCGACUUGUGCAUAAUUCUCCUAGCGUCGAGCCAACCUGUACAGACCAAGCAGGCCGCAGCGUACAGCCCGGCGAACGUUGGUAUGUCUUUCUGUUCCUCCUCCUUCGUCCUCCUCCUCCUCUUCCUCCUCCUCCUCCUCC